GCUGCAGCGUGCGGGAUAGAUGCGAGCUUGCUUGAAACAGAAGAUCAUGAUGGAUCUGCGACUGGUGACGGUACGCCUACGCAGCGACGCAGAAAGACCAGCAAAUCCCUGUUGUUCAAACCAACGGGAAGAUUGGAGCGUGGAGCACUGCUUUUUCACCUGUUCUACUCCAUGCGUCGCUUGGAAGGCGCAGUGCGGCGCUGGCGAUCACGGGUUACUGAGAUCCAGACGUUUAGGCAGAG